AUGACAGAACCAGCCAGACUUUCUGCAGGUGCAGAACAGACACAGAAAGAGAAGGUCACCACACAGUUGAUGAAGCAUGAAAAGGAAGUUGGUGUUCCUUCUAAUGAACUUGGCUCAGCAAGCACAGCUGCCGACCAGAAAGAGCAGGCUACAUCAGAAGUAAAAGACUAUGUACACAGAGGUACUGAGAGACCUGUGAAAAGAGAUAUGAUUGAACCACUUGUGACAGAUCAGGAUGCAUCUAGGAACUGUGAGCUGUAUCUGCCGGAGUCUAGUAACUGUUCAGCAAUGGUAUCAUCUGAGGACAGUGAGGAGGACAUGUAUCGUGAUGCAGAAGAAAUAGAGAGAGAGAAAAUACUGCUUUGUGAGAAGAGCUCUUCAGAACACAACAGACUAAGUGUUGCACCUGAAAUAGACGUCAUGGAGUAUUGCAGAAAAGAAUGGAGAGGUAAUACACCAGUAGCAAAAAGGAUGAGAAAGGGAUAUGAAGCAGUUGCUCAGAAGUUUGCAUCUAUAAGGAGAGUACGAGGUGACAACUAUUGUGCUCUCAGAGCAACUCUUUUCCAGGCACUAAGCCAAGCUACCCAGUUACCAAGCUGGCUGCAGAGUGAGAAUUUUGCUGUG